AUGAUGAAUCGUUUUGGUGAUAUCGAUGUUUCAUUUAAAAGACUUUCGCCUGCUUAUGGUUAUCGCAGUGAAAAACUUGUUUCAAUUGAAAAAGCACUAGAGCCUCUCGAGCCUCAAAUUGAUGAACUACCUUCUUCCAUAAAGAUUGCUAAACGCAGCUGUCAUUUUCCAUCAGAACAUGGACUAACACAUGAUCAAUCAGCUGCUGUGUAUAUCUAUACAAUGGAAUGGGGUGAUACUACUUUGUAUCGUGUAUUAAAUAAAGCACUACGAUCUGAAAAUCGACAAGCAUUAAAGAUAUGGUUUCCAUAUUUAAAAUUAUUUGAUACAGCGUUGAAUAAGUUACCUACUGUUAAAGAGGUUAUAUGGAGAGGUAUACCUCUUGAUGUUGGUAAAAAUUUCACCAAAAACCAAAUUGUGACGUGGUGGAGUAUUAAUUCAUGUUCGUCAUCAGUCAAAGUUAUUGAAAAGUUCAUUGGCAACGGCAAAAAUGCAACGCUUUUUUUAAUUGAAGCUGUUAAUGGAAAAAAAGUUUCUGGUUAUACAGAAUUUGAAACAGAAGAUGAAAUUAUUUUACGAAUGGGCUCACAAUUUCGCGUGAAGAGCGAUGUUUUAACGCAGUCGAAUGGCUCACAUCUCGUACAUUUAAUUGAAAUUGAAGACAACGAUGAUCAACCAUUAGCAUCAGCUAUGAAUGAUAUGCACUUGGCAGCAGCAAAACCAUUAGCUAAAACUACAUUGGUGGUUCCCAAUACUCCAGCCAAAGCUCGAUGGACACCGAAUGGAGUUACCGUUGCUGGAGGACAUGGAUAUGGAAGUAGCACAAAUCAACUCUGGGACCCUGAAGGUCUCUUUAUUGAUGAUGACGAAACGGUUGUCAUCGCUGACUGCGUCAAUGAUCGCAUCAUCCAAUGGAAGAUGGGUGCAACGAGUGGACAAAUAGUAGCUGGUGGCAAUGGCCAAGAAAAUCGAUUGGAUCAAUUGAAUCGACCAGCCGAUGUGUUGAUCGACAAAGUGACGGAUAGUCUCAUUAUAUGUGAUCAAGAGAAUCGACGAGUUGUACGAUGGUCUCGUCGUAAUAGCACAACACAAGGAGAGAUUCUCAUUGACAACAUCGAUUGUUACGGAUUGGCGCUGGAUGAUCAGAGAUAUCUCUACAUCUCUGACGUCAAAAAACAGGAAGUAAGACGAUAUCAAAUAGGACAUAAGAAGGGAACUGUCGUGGCUGGUGGCAACGGGAAGAAUGCUGGUCUCAAUCAACUCAACGAUCCGAACUACAUAUUUGUCGAUCAACAACAGACUGUCUACGUGUCAGACAACGGAAAUCAUCGUGUGAUGAAAUGGCAUAAAGGUGCAAAAGAAGGAAUUAUCGUCGCUGGUGGCCAAGGCGAAGGAAAUGCUCUUACACAAUUGUCGUAUCCUAAUGGACUGUUCGUCGAUAGGUUGGAUACCAUCUAUGUGGCAGACUGUGGGAAUGAUCGAGUGAUGUGUUGGCCUAAAGGAGCGAAACAAGGCACUGUCAUUGUGGGCGGAAAUGGUGAAGGAGCAAGAGCAAAUCAGUUCAACGGUCUGCGGGAUGGCAAAGUGGAUGGAAUAUUGUCUGAUGUCAUUCUUGAAGUGGGUUAUCAGUUUACAUCAUCAAUGGAACAUUGUCGACAUGUAUUAGUUCAUUUUGACUUACAAGAAUUAAAAUCAUCGCCAAUUACACGAAUACUUCGUCCAUUAAAAUUUUUUGAAUGUUUAUUAUGUAUUGCUAAUACAGGUUUAUAUCUAGUUAUACUUGAACUAUUUCAAAAUGAUAUUCAAAAUUUUGGUAAAUUGAUUUACCUUCGUUUAUAA